UUUGAUAGUGCAGUGCAAUGUUAAUAAAUAAAGAAACCUUCCCCUACAGAAUGGGAUUAUCGCCGUUGUAUUUUCUACCGUCUCCAUCGGUGAACGUGACAAAUGAUCGGCUCGGAUACUUUCCAAUAACUCCGCCAUACCACCAGCAGUACGAUUACGUACUCCCAUCAGCAGCAGGGACAAUGCAAUCCCACGCCAGGAAGAUUUCAACGAGUUCCUCAUCCUCGGCAACGGCGUCAGCUGCAACGUCGGCAGCGGCUUCCUCAUCCUCUGGGAUGCUGGGCUCCAUCGACAAUGGCCAGUCGCUCUAUUUUUACAUGAACGCAGCCGGGAAGGAGGAAAUUACAUCAGUGCCAUUAUCGCCACCGCACACACCGCCCCUGCUGUACACAAUGACCACGCCUGGGGACGUUGGCAGUGGCUUCCUGGCCGGAAAUGACACCAGCGCUGUAACCGAUGUGGUUGCCGAUCAAUACGGAUUACCGGCCCUGGGUGUGGAUAAUGGAGGCGACGAUGACAAUUUGGGUGGCUGCAGAAUGGUGGCUGCUGGAAAUGGUCGGUGGAGUAAUAAUCGUUACAAUGACGGUGACGGCCGUGCUAGUGACAGUAAUGAAGGGCGCUUAUUCCCAGCACGGAACUCCGUUAUCAUGAAAGUGGAGAACCAGCAAGUGGUUCCGCUGCUCGGCGAGGAGGGCUCCAGUACAAUCGACCGGUUCGUGUGCAAGUGGGAGAACUGCUAUUGCGUGUUCUUCAAGUUGGAUGACCUGGCCAGUCACGUCACGCAGAAGCACGCCGUCGUUGGACUUGGUGGACUGUACUACUGCCGAUGGGAAAACUGUCUGCGGCAGGACCGGGGCUUCAAUGCACGUUACAAGAUGCUGGUGCAUGUUCGAACCCAUACGAAGGAAAAGCCGCAUCAGUGCGGCAAGUGUGGAAAGUGCUUCUCGCGUGCAGAAAAUCUGAAAAUUCAUCUUCGCUCCCACUCCGGCGAGAAGCCAUAUGUUUGCCAUUCUCUUCCUUUCCAGGGAUGCAACAAAGCCUAUUCUAACUCCUCCGACCGGUUCAAGCACACCCGAACUCAUGCGAACGACAAGCCAUACGUCUGCAAGGUCCCGGGCUGCCUCAAGCGCUACACCGAUCCAUCAUCGUUGCGGAAGCACGUGAAAACCUUCAAACACAUCAACCUGCUGGUGUCGUUGGCAUCAGCCACCGAGUCCGAUUACCAUCUCCACCGUCACCCGGCCAGCUACCCUGCGGUACGUUAUGGUACCCAGUCCGUCGGAAGCCCCGGCAAGAUGGCAAGCGAUAACUCAUAUACCGAUGACAGUCGGGCUUCCAGUAGUAGCACGGCCACCACCGCCAGCAGUCCCGAACUAGACGACAGCGAAGAUAAUAAUGUGCUAAUUGAUGUCGUCAACGUCGACAAGUGUGAUGAAAAAUUAAGCAUCACUGACUAUCACUUCUACCCGGAUCGAAAGCCCACCGGGCGUGCCGAAGAUUGGCCGUGCGGCAACCGAGGCAGAACGCCUCUGCUAGACGUAACCGAUAGCUCCCUGGAGAAACUGGAUGAGGCAAGACGCCGAGCCGGCGAAGACGACGUCGACCAAUAUCACAGAAGUUUCCUUAUUGAGCCUGAACGGGACUACCACCAUCAUCGUUAUCAGCCGGGCAGUGGCUUCUCGAAAGGCUUUUUCGAGUCUGGAUCAACCACCUUGUUGCGUUGCCGGAGCGACGACGAAGACUUAUUACCGACGACGAUAGAAGACGAUGAUUUGUGCAGUGCCAUACAGAGAUUGAAUAGCGCUCGGAUGGUGGGAGUGCAGUCCAUGGACGUUGAUGGACCGAUGGAUCUCAGUAUACACAAUCGGUAGCAUUCGAGAAGUAUUUUGCUCUUGGAUCAAUUAUGUUGUGUUCGUUUUGAUAUUUUUACAACCAAUUCAUACAUUACGUACUUGAAACUUCUGAUAGAUAUAAAAUUCUACUUAAUGUUUUAUGAAACCCUGGAGAUUACAAUUGCAAUGCGUGUGAUGAAAGAUAUGUUUGUCUGAUUAACUAAAUAUAAGAUUAAUUAUUA